GUCGGUGCAGGAUCAAGAGAUGAUGCCGCGACGGCCGUCGCUCCUUCGCCGGUGGCUUGAUCAAGUGCAGAUGCGAUCUUGAGCGUCCGCCAGGCUGAGCGAGUAUAAGCGUCUGGGCGUAGCGUACCCCCUCCACUAUCGCUGCCCAUCUUCCAGUUCCUCCUUUCCUCGCCGUUGCACAGAAUACCAUGGCUCACCUCCUAGAACCACAAACCCCGCUCUCGCCGAGCGUCGGCGCCCGCCGCAAGGGCGCGAAGAUCCUCCCUACGCUCCCGCUCUCCGCGUUCACCCCUCCGAACACCGGCACCUCCGAUUCCUUCCCGGGCCCACCGAGUCCGAGCACGCUCCAGCCAGAAGAGAUCGUCGACGUGUACGCUGGCGGCGAUCUGAACAAGUGGAGGCAGGAGGCGGAGCGCGGGAUCGGCGCGAAAGGCAAGGGCGUCGUCCUGACGCUGUACGGAAAGCAGUUCGCAGAGGUCGAGAAGGAGCUUGAGAGCAUCAAGUCCGCAGCGGGGGAGACAUCCGUAGUUGCCGUCCUCGUCCCGAUCGUGGACCUCAGCGACGAGGGCGCCUUCAUCCCGCCGUCCUACCUUGCCACCAGAAGCGCAUCGGGGCCGGCCCUCGUGCCUACCGUAGUGUUCACGAAGAGCGAUCCGAAGGUGAAGAAGGCCCUGCACUGGGCGCUGCUCGAGGGCUACACGAUCAACAUCGAUGUCCAGUGCGACAUCCGCGCGACCGAGGGCGGCUGGGACACGCUGGAGGACCUCCUCUCCAGCCUCGAAGAUCCCACGAGCCCCAAGAAGCACAACGCGAACAUCAUCGUCUCGAACAUCCUCCCGCCGCCCGACGACCUCUCCCUCCCGAUCGUCAAGCUCCUCACGCACCCGUCCUACCGCAACUACCAGGCGCACACCGCCGCGCUCUCCCUCUACGCGAACGUCUUUGUUGCCUACCUCCCGCCCGCCUGGGGCCUCCCCACGCCCAUCCAAAGUGCGCCGAAGGAUCGCACAGAAUGGAAGAAGCGCAUCAAGAUGUACAUCAGCCCCGCGGUAGAGGCGUUCGGCUUCGAGCGCAUCGUCUUUGGAUCCUCGCCCUCUGCAGCCGCGCAGACGACGUCGAACGCGAGCGACUGGUACGAGCUCGCGCGCGAGUCGUUCGCGGAGCUCGGGAUCGAGCAGGAGGCGAUCGACGCCGUUUUCUCUGUGAACGCCAGGCACAUCUUCUCAUGACCUCGAGGAUCUCUGUGAAAAGGACAAUAACGCGCGGUGCGGAUGGGAUAUGGCUUGAUAUAAAUAGUGUCGUUGUAUACUACCCUUGUGCUUCUGUCAGUGUUAAGUUAUACGCGCAACUUGAAUGCAAUUUGAAGUAGGUGUCGAAGAGGAGACGUGCGUGGGACGACAACACCACACACCUGCUCAGCCUGAUGCAGGGAGGUCGAGUGGUCGAGGAUGGACCUACGGGCUUGGCGAAGGACGACGGUGGUGGUCUACAAAGAGUAGUUAGGCCGCCGAAGCUAAUGAAACACUUACUGAUAUCGAAACGCGGCUCGACGCGCUCUGCUCGACUAG